AUGGCUACCAAGGAUGCCACUUCCAACGAGACGUUUGCCAGAGACUUGGCUGACGCGCUGAUCAAGCCUCUGCCGGCCGGGACCAUUUCUAACGCAAGUAUACACGUUCCCAUUCCUGGAGCCGAUGUACGGCCGUAUUUUGGUGGACAAGACAUGCCGAUUAUCAACACUGUCAUCAAGUUGUGGCUCAAUGAGGGCGACUCGUCAAUAUCAGACCUCCGGUCUUCGCAAACCAAGUUGGAUAGUCAAAAGCUCAACCUUGAUGAGAAUUUGUCUUUCAUGCUGUUCUCGAGGGAGGUGACAAUUUGGGAUAUGAGAUCAAACAUUGACUUUGACAUUCCGCGCCUUACCGCGACACUCAAGGCAGAAACGUACUAG